AUGACACAUUUUCGCGAAAAUAUCGUAAUCAAACUUAAAAAAGCUAUCUUUUUAACCGCGUUUCGAAGAGAAACUUCGAUCAAAAAUAAUGAUGAGUUAAAAAAAAAUUUUUUACCAAAAGAAUCGAAUUAUUGGCCCAAGGAUUCAGCUUCUUCGAAACAAUCUUAUUCAAAAAUUUUAUGUUCCAAUUUUAAGCUUCACUUUAGAAAAAAACACAUAUUGUUUUAUUCAUAUGGCAUCAACAACUUAAGCGAUUACUUUUCAAUAAGCAGAAGUUAUCAUGAAUCAGCUUCUAUAGAACAUGGUAAAGAUAAUUUAACUUUAACGCGGAGGGAAUCACUUCUGUCUAUCGCCGAUGUCCCUGGCCCAAAUUCGAUACCAUUCCUGGGAUCUCGAUUGAAAUAUAAACCUUUCGGCCCAUGGGAUGAAAACAGAUUGCACAUUGCCAAUAUCGAAAAGUACAAUAAGUACGGGCCAUUAGUCAAAGAAAAGAACGGAUUAUUUUCGGUAGAUUGUCUGCUUUUAUUUGACCCCAACGACGUCGAAAAAGUAUUCAGGCAAGAAGGAACUUGCCCAUUUCGGCCUUCCUUUCAAGCAAUAGUAGAUCACAGGAGGAAAAAUAAUUACAGCUUGGGACUUGGACAGUUACAAGGAGAAGAGUGGCAAUAUUUGAGGAAAACUAUCCAAAAGAGAAUGAUGAACGUGAACGCCGCAUCUCCAUUCAUAGAGAUGCAAGAGAAAACUGCCGAUGAUUUAAUAAAAUUAAUUCGUCACACCAAAUCAAAUCAAAAUUCGGAAAUUAAAGAUUUUAUAGUUUACCUGCAAAGAUGGUCACUGGAAUCUAUAGUAUCGGCAUUAUUGGGCCAAAGAUUGGGAUGCCUUGAAUUGUCGAAUAACAACAAUAGUACAGAAAUGGAUCAAUUGAUUAGCGAUACUUGUACCAUCUUUGAGUCUCAAUACAAGUUAAUGAUAGGUGUUCCUUGGUGGAAAAUAUUCCCCACUCCUUCAUGGAUCGCUUUCAUCAACAGUCAUGAGAGAAUUUUUGAGAUUUGUAAGAGAUAUACCCUAAAAACUUUGCGGAAAUACAAAGAUCCUUUAAAUAGUCAAACUUCUAAUCAUAUUAAUGCCACACCUGAAAGCUUUGUCUUAAAAUUAGCCAGAGAAAAGAAUUUGCAUUUGGAUGACCUUUUAACAACAGUGACAGAACUGAUGAUAUCAGGAAUCCAAACGACAGCUUCAGCAAUGGCUUUCAAUUUAUACCAUUUGGCCGUCAACAAAGAAUGUCAGGAUAAAUUGAGGCAAGAAAUAACCGAAACGUUCAGAAUAAAAAAGGAACAAUUUUUGGAUGCAGAAACUUUAAGAAGUAUGUCGUAUUUAAGAGCGGUGGUUUGGGAAACAUCAAGACUAAAUCCCGUGGCUUUUGGAACCGUUAGAGUUUUAGAUAGGCCAAUUGAGCUUUCCGGUUAUCGUAUUCCUAGUGGGGUCCCAUUGAUUCCUCAAAACAUGGUGAUGUCGCGAUUGCCAAAGUAUUUUAAAGAUCAUGAUAAAUUUAUUCCUGAAAGAUGGUUGAAACACGGUAUUCAUAAAGGUUUUCAUCCUUAUUGCGUAUUACCUUAUGGACAUGGCCCUAGAAUGUGCAUAGGGAGGCGAUUUGCUGAGCAAGAACUCAAUUUAGGCCUGAUUAAGAUAAUCAAAACUUUUGCAGUGUCGUAUGAAAAGGAGCCAAUUGAUAGUGUCACUGAACUAAUAGUCAAGCCUGAUAGACCUAUAACUUUAAAAUUUAAAGAAAUAUAAUUUUAUCCUCCUCCCCUCCUCCCAAAAAAAUAUUAAUAUGUAAUAAGUUAAUAGUUGUGUAAUUUAUAAUGUAUUUUAUAAAAAAAAAUUUGUCAUUUAUAUAAGCACGAUAAGGUUCUAUAAAUUCUAAUUUACUGCAUUCAA